GGCGGAGCGGGCCGGGGGGAGCGACAGCGCCAGGCACAGGCGGCCAAGCCGCGCAGAGUGGCCCCGCCUCGCCCCCGUUAACCCCGCGCGUUACAGCCCCAGUUCUGCCCCUCCCCGUUCCCAGCGCGCCGCUGUGCGGGGUGGGAGCGAGCGUCGCUGGCUGGAAGCGGCCCGCGCAGGAGAAGGGCGCAGCGUGAUCCAGCCUUGCCGCGCUCCGCAGGCGCGUUUGCGAAAGCCAGCGCACAGCGCUAGUGAGGGGCCCAAUCCGGCCUCUGCACUCACACGUGGGGUGCCGACGCUGAUCUGCUGCAUUCGUGAUCCGCUCCAGCGCGCGGUGACACCUAAAUUCAGACACAAUUUAUCUAAGUGCCUUGGCUUACAAAGAAGUAAUCGUUGUACUUAACAGUGUCGUACGCAAGCCGCUUUGGACAGGCAGGCAUGGAUGACGAACCUGAACGAACCAAACGUUGGGAAGGGGGUUAUGAAAGAACAUGGGAGGUUCUGAAAGAAGAUGAAUCGGGGUCACUGAAAGCAACUAUAGAGGACAUUCUUUUUAAGGCUAAGAGAAAAAGAAUCUUUGAACACCAUGGACAAGUUAGACUUGGAAUGAUGCGUCACCUUUAUGUGGUGGUUGAUGGAUCAAGAACUAUGGAGGACCAAGAUUUAAAACCUAACAGGCUUACUUGUACCUUAAAGCUUUUGGAAUAUUUUGUUGAAGAAUACUUUGACCAGAAUCCUAUUAGUCAGAUUGGCAUAAUUGUAACUAAGAGUAAAAGAGCUGAAAAGCUGACAGAACUUUCAGGGAACCCAAGAAAGCAUGUAACUGCUCUGAAGAAAGCUGUAGAUCAGACCUGCCAUGGAGAACCAUCUCUCUAUAAUUCUUUAAAUUUGGCCAUGCAGACUUUAAAGCACAUGCCAGGACAUACAAGCAGAGAGGUUUUGAUUAUCUUCAGCAGCCUGACAACAUGUGAUCCAUCUAAUAUAUAUGAUCUAAUUAAGUGUUUAAAGGCAGUUAAGAUCAGAGUAUCUGUCAUCGGCCUUUCUGCUGAAGUUCGAGUUUGUACUGUACUUGCCCGAGAAACGGGUGGAACAUACCAUGUAAUUUUAGAUGAAAGCCACUAUAAGGAACUGCUGAUGCAUCAUGUUAGCCCUCCACCUGCCAGUUCAAGUUCUGAAUGCUCCCUUAUUCGAAUGGGUUUUCCUCAGCAUACGAUUGCCUCUCUCUCUGAUCAGGAUGCUAAACCAUCAUUUAGCAUGGCGCACUUGGAAAAUAACAGUGAUCCAGGUCUUACACUGGGUGGAUAUUUCUGUCCCCAGUGUAGAGCCAAAUACUGUGAACUCCCUGUGGAAUGCAAAAUCUGUGGCCUUACAUUGGUCUCUGCACCCCACCUGGCUCGCUCUUACCAUCACCUGUUUCCUUUGGAUGCUUUUCAAGAAGUUCCAUUGGAAGAAUAUAAAGGAGAACGCUAUUGUCAAGGCUGCCAAGGGGAGAUUAAAGAUCAACAUGUUUACAUUUGUAAAGUCUGCCAGAAUGUAUUUUGUGUGGAUUGCGACUUAUUUGUUCAUGAUUCUCUGCACUGCUGUCCUGGCUGCAUUCACAAGCAUCCUGCUCCUCCAUGUGUAUAAUACCAGGUGUCUAUAGAGAUUGUCCGGUUUCAUUUUUACACACACAGUCAAAUUAGACUAUUGAACAAUAGACUUCAGUGAGGCAACUCAAAAGCAAGAAGAAAUACCUAGAUGAAACAGUGAAGAUUGGCUAAUACAUGGGGUGGGGAACCUAUGGCUCAGGGGCCAUAUCUGAUCCCCCAGUUUGCCUGGAUCUGGCUCCGAAGGCUCUGCUUCCCCCACAGUAUCAACAAGCUCUCACUGCCACUCUUUCUUCCCCUCCUCCUACCUGGCUGGGCAUACAGCAGGGCAGCAAAAUGCUACCUGAAGACUUUCCCCCAGCUGCUCCAAUUAGCUGUGAUUAUGGCCAAUAGGAGUAAUAGGGCUGUUCCUGGGAGCAGCAGUGGGGACAGAGCCAUGUGCAUCCCUGAAGAGUUGUGCCAGGUAAGCACUUCCCCCAACCUGUUCCUGUAUCCUACCACCCUCCCAGACCCACUCCCCCUCAUCCGUUCCUGCUCCUACCACCUGCCCAAGAAUCCCAACCACACCCUAUUCCUGCAUCCCUUUGCCCAUCCAGCCCUCCCACCACCACCAUGCUCUUGUAUCCUACCAUCAACGCACUCCAGCCAGACCCCACAUAUCAAGCCUGCUUUCCGGCAGACCCCUCCCACACACUGAACCCCUCAUUUUUUGGCCCCAUCCCAGAGCUCUGGUGUGUGAGGGGCAUAUAGGGAAUGUUUUUCUGCUUCCCAUUUGGCCACAUCCAUGAGCUAGGGGAACACACAAUUUUUAAUGUGUAGAAUUAGAAUAUUUUAAUUCUCAAGGAUUAUUAAGAUAUCCAUCAUUUGGUUUCCCUCGCAUUUGGAUUUUUAGGUGUUUUAAAGCCUUUGAUUUAUUAAGGAGUCAUGCUACAUAAAUGUGUAAAUCUGUAACAUUGUAGAAAAGUGAUAAAAAUGCAUUUGUAUGCUAAAACUGAUUGUUUCAUAAGUUGUAAAAAUUAAUGUCUUAAAUAUAUUUGUGCACGUUU